AUGGCCAUAAACGACCACCAAGCUCGGUGUAGAAAUCUAAACAGCGACUUGAUGCUGAUUAUAGACGACUUUGAGGCAAUCUCUUCACUGUUGGAUUUUGUUUUUUUGCUUGCAGACAUAAACAUUUCUAGAGCACCACUCCUUUACACAGUUACGAAGAAUAAAGAACUCAGAGAGCUCAAUGGUGAGGUGGUGGUAGAGAGGUGUCGUUCAAGCAAGUCGGAGAGGAAGAUGCAGGACUCGGAGUCGGAUAAGGAGAUGCAGGAUGGGGAAGAUAUUCUGGCGAAACCGCUCGUGACGAUUGAAGAUGUGAUACAUAUUAAGCCUGCACCUUGGUGGACUCCAAUGGAUUUCAUGGCAAGAGUUGGAAGCGUUGUACGAGUCAAAUUGGAAGAACGGGAGAAGUUGGUAGAAGAGAGAGUCAAGAACAUGAAUCCUAGUGCCACAGAUUCAGUUCCUGAUCACUCCAAGUCGGAGAGGAAGAUGCAGGACUCGGGGAAGGAGAUGCAGGACGGGAAAGAUAUUCCGGCGAAACCGCUCGUGACGAUUGAAGAUGUGAUAGGUAUUAAGCCUGAACCUUGGUGGACUCCAAUGGAUUACAUGGCAAUAGUUGCAAGCGUUGCUGGAUUCAAAUUGGAAAACAGGAGAAGUUGGAAGAAGAAAGAGUAA